GGACACAUGAGGGAGGACCUUUCACUGAUAAACAACUUUGAGAUCAAAACAAUCCGAGAAGAAACUGGAACAUAACAGGAUCCUUUCUGCACAACGACCACACCCGAAGACUAAACUACAUCUAUUUAAUCAGAUUGCAAUAGAGGCAUAAAGAUGUUCGGAAAGAUUCUUUCUCAUCUGCUUUGGAACGCCGGUGACGACUUUGAGGCAGGAGAUGACACUUACGAGGAGCUGAUGGAGUUUGAGGAGGGAGGAUGGGUCAUUGUUAAUCUUCCAGAGAACGGGCCGCUCUCAGCCCCCGAGGCAGAUCCCCUGGAGAACCUGCUGAUUGAGCACCCCAGCAUGUCUGUCUACCAGAUGAGAUGCAGGAUGGGUGGAGAGGAGGAGGAGCUGGGCUCUGACGAAGAUGAAGAGGACACCUCCAGGCCAGUGGCGGUGAGGCGGCACAUAUCCUGGCGUCUGGCUGCCUGGGGAAUCCCUCUGCCCUGCAACAUCCAGCUGCUGGCUGUUGAGAGGGCCAGCAGGACCCAGAAUGAGCGGAAGAAGCUGGGCCGCAGCGUCCUCCACAGGCAGAACCUGGCCAAGAUGAGAUUCUCCCCGGCAGAGAGACGCUACGGCCACUUCAAGCAGCCCUGCCAGCGCCUCUACAACUACUGAACAGGACACCUGCCUGUGAGAGGGUGCGUUUCAAGUUGCCUCCACCACAUAGCCCAGAUGUGCAGCACAGUGCCUUGACUCUGAAUUACUCAGGUUUUUCGCCAUUGUUUCACCUCACACGGUUAGUUCAGUUAGAUUCACCACUUCCUGCGCAGUAAAAUGAUCCGCAAAAUGAACCACUGCGAUGUUUUCUUUAGAUUUGAAUACAGGCCUGCAUGCACUGCACCCCUCACGUCUGAAACCACUGAGAACAAUGAAUCUUGAUAUCCUGACAACACGAAUGACACGGUCGGUCCCUCAGGUUGGAGAGCAUCAAUAACACACACACAUUUACUUCAAAAAAUAAAAGCCUUUGUACAUUAUGAAAAUGAGAACAGAUGAGUGUUUAGAUUGAUUAGAUGUAAGUAGGGCUUGCUGUGUGACACUGAUCCAAAUAUGAACUUCCAACCUGUACUUUGCUCUAUACGAAUGAAUUAACUAUGACGCUGUUGGAUAACGGCACGUUUUGACUGCUUGUAUUCAGUAUGUAUUAUAUUAUGUGCCUUAGCUUUAGACGUUCUUGUGACAAGUGUAUAUUCAUGUCGUGCGAAAACAUCUGUGAAUUUCCUGAGAUGAAUGCUCCUUUAGUUUGAGCCUGCUUAAGGAAUAAUUACAAAAAACGCUGUACACGUUUUGAAUCGAGUCCAUCAUUUUGUACUUUUCAGCAGGUACUCACUUUUUUCACAAAUUGUUCAUUUUAGACGAGUGUAAAUACAGUUGAAUAUUAUGUUUUUUUUAUUGGCGUGUAUUUAUGAAAUGUACAAAAACAAAUAAAAAUCUUGUUUUCUUAA